AUUACAAUUUUCAAAAUAUACCAUAAAUAAUACUUCUAUAUCUUAGUCAAUGAAGCAAUUAUUUAACUAGUAAUAUGUCAUCAAAUUCUUGCAAAUAAUUAAAUCUGUGAAACCUAAUAACAAGAUGGUGGUCGUUGGCCGGGAGAAUCUCCAUGACUUACCAACCCACCCAAAAUCAUGUACUUAAAAAUUCUAAAAAAGUAAACUAUUGUAAAAAAUUAUAUAUAUAUGAGAGUAGUUGCUGUAUUGUAUGUGAAAUUUCUUCCAAACAGAGUCUUUAUAAAUAGCCUCAUUCUUUCAACCAAACACAUCAUCCCUUCAUUCAUACUUAAAUUAUCAUUCAUCUUUAUUAGCUUAAUUUGAAAAUGAAGGAUAAGUUCUAUGGCUCCAUUCUUCAGAGCGAAGCCCUAGCUAAGUAUAUUCUGGAAACAAGUGCCUAUCCCAGAGAGCACGAACAACUAAAAGAGAUCAGGAAUGCUACCGUCGAUAAAUAUAAAUUUUGGAGUCUUAUGAAUGUGCCGGCUGAUGAGGGCCAGUUUAUAUCUAUGCUUUUGAAAAUUAUGAAUGCGAAGAAGACUAUCGAAGUCGGAGUUUUUACCGGUUAUUCACUUCUCUCUACUGCUCUCGCUCUUCCCGAUGACGGCAAGAUAACCGCGAUCGACCCGGAUAGGGAAGCCUACGAAACUGGAUUGCCAUUUAUUGAAAAGGCAAACAUGGCUCACAAAAUUGAGUUCAUCCAGUCUGAUGCUUUGAGUGUCAUGAAGGAACUCCUCUCCAAGGGCGAGGAAGGGACAUUCGAUUACGCAUUCGUUGAUGCGGACAAAGAGAACUACAUCAACUACCACGAACAACUGCUGAAGCUGGUUAAGGUAGGAGGAAUUAUAGCCUACGACAACACAUUGUGGUCCGGCACCGUAGUCGCGGCGGAGGAAGACGAGAUGGAUGACUUCUUGAGGGGCUGCAAAGGGCAUAUCAUUGCGCUCAACUCAUUUCUAGCCGCUGAUUCCCGCAUCGAAUUGGCCCAACUUUCAAUCGGAGAUGGCCUCACUUUGUGCAGGCGUCUCAUCUGAUUAUUUCCCCUCUUUUUUAUUUAAAUAAUUACACCAUAUGCAACUGUAAUUUUAUUUCCGUUUUUUAUAAUUCUAUACAAAGGUUUUAUUUGUUUUGGAACUUUUACCAAUGUAAUUUGUUUUUAAGAAACGUGACUCCUUCGAUUA